ACGCUUCCGGAAGGCGGGAGGCUUGGAACGCGGCUAGCGGAUGCAGAAAUCUCCUACCUGAACUGUAGCGGUGCGGGAUCUGCGGCAGCCAUGGAAAAUGCGAAUGGCUUUGGGGAGAUGCCUUCUCCUGUUGUUCGAGAUGUGGAGGUGACACGGACAGCUCGAAGACAAAGUGCAAACAAAAGAGUAUCUAUCUUGACUCCCCAUGAAGAUACUUUGGCUAAUAUUACACCAAGAAGCCAAAUAAUUCCUCGAACUCCAAGCUCAUUUCGCCAAACCUUUACUUCACUGAAUCGAAGUUUAUUAAGGCAGCCAGAUGUUUCUACCAUUCUUGCAACAAGAGUAAAGUCUCCUCGAAUUGCUCAUUCAUCAGCCUUCUUGGGAAAUCUAUCCAUGGCAUCUAAUCUUGAUGAGAGUAACUGGACAGCAGCAUUCUCCCCACAGCGGUCGGCACUCUUCACAAACGCAGAUCCCUCUAAUGUGACUGAAGAUGUCACUUUUAGUGCUGUUAUGCUACGUGAGGAUGAUCCUGGAGAAGCUGCAACAAUGAGUAUGUUUUCUGACUUCCUGCACUCAUUUCUGAAGCACGCUUCAACUACAGUUUUUGAACUUGUAGAAGAGUAUGAGCAUAUUUGUGACAGCCAGGUAAAUAUCUUAGGUAAAAUAGUGAGCAGAGCAACACCUGGACUACAGAAGUUUUCAAAAACAGCCAGUGUGCUGUGGCUUCUUCAGCAGGAGAUGGUUACGUGGAGACUGCUAUCCUCUCUUUACAGGGACAGAAUACAGUCUGUACUAGAAGAAGAAAAUGCAUUUGAAAUUGCUUCUCUAAAUGCCAGUGAAAAGACAAUUGUGGAUACACUAUUUCAACGAGAUUCACUUAUUCGACAAAGCCAGCUGGUGGUGGAUUGGCUAGAGAGUAUUGCCAAGGAUGACAUUGGAGAUUUCUCGGAUAACAUCGAGUUUUAUGCAAAAUCAGUAUAUUGGGAAAACACUCUACAUACCUUGAAACAGCGACAAUUAAUACCACAUGUUGGAAGUGUUCGUCCUCUCGUUACUGAAUUGGACCCUGAUGCACCUAUAAGACAGAAAAUGCCACUUGAUGAUUUGGAUCGAGAAGAUGAUAACAGAUUGCUCAAAUACCUUUUCACACUUAUCCGUUCUGGGAUGACAGAAGAGGCACAGCGUCUCUGUAAACGUUGUGGUCAAGCAUGGAGAGCUGCAACACUUGAAGGGUGGAAAUUGUAUCAUGAUCCUAACAUUGAUGGAGGAACAGAAAUAGAACCAGUGGAAGGGAAUCCGUAUAGAUGCAUUUGGAAAAUAAGCUGUUGGAGAAUGGCGGAAGAUGAGCAGUUUAAUAGAUAUGAGAGAGCAAUCUAUGCUGCCUUAAGUGGGAACCUCAAGCAGCUUCUCCCAGUCUGCGAAACCUGGGAAGAUACAGUGUGGGCCUACUUUAGGGUGAUGGUGGACAGUUUGGUGGAACAGGAAGUUCGGACCUCAGUUGUAUCAUUAGAUGAAACUGAAGAACUGCCUCGAGAAUAUUUGGAAGCAAAUUGGACUUUAGAAAAAGUUUUUGAAGAGCUUCAAGCUACAGAUAAAAAGAGAGUUUUAGAAGAGAAUCACGAACACUACCAUAUAAUUCAAAAAUUCCUUAUCUUGGGUGACAUUGAUGGUUUGAUGGACGAACUUAAUAAAUGGCUUUCCAGAGGAAGGAACAUUCUACCAGGACACCUUCUCCGCUUCAUGACCCAUCUCAUUUUGUUUUUUCGUACUCUGGGAAUACAGACCAAAGAAGAAGUGUCUGUGGAAGUUUUAAAGGCCUACAUUCAGCUGUUAGUAUGUGAGAAACACAUCAACCUCAUAGCAUUUUAUACUUGCCACUUGCCUCAAGAUCUAGCCGUUGCUCAAUAUGCAGCAUUUUUGGAAGGUGUUACAGAAUUUGAACAGCGUCAUCAGUGUUUGGAACUGGCUAAAGAAGCAGGUCUGGAUGUUGCAACAAUAACAAAAACUGUGGUUGAGAACAUUCGAAAGAAAGAUACUGGUGACUUUAGUCAUCAUGAUACGGCACCUUCCUUUGAUACUGUCACUACAGAGGAAGACCGCUUAAAGAUUGAUGUGAUUGACUGGUUGGUAUUUGAUCCUGCACAGAGGGCCGAGGCACUGAAGCAAGGCAAUGCUAUCAUGAGAAAGUUCUUGGCAUCUAAAAAACACGAAGCUGCCAAAGAAGUGUUUGUGAAAAUUCCCCAGGAUUCAAUAGCAGAAAUUUACAAUCAGUGGGAAGAACAAGGGAUGGAAAGUCCGCUCCCAGCUGAAGAUGACAAUGCUAUCAGAGAAUACUUAUGCAUCAGAGCGUAUUUGGAAGCUCAUGAAACCUUUAAUGAGUGGUUCAAGCAUAUCAAUUCAGCUCCACAUAAACCUACUUUGAUACCUCAAGCUUCCUUCACAGAGAAAGUAGCUUAUGAGCACAAAGAAAAGAAAUAUGAAAUGGACUAUGGCAUAUGGAAAGGUCAUUUGGAUGCCCUAACUGCUGAAGUAAAAGAGAAAAUGUACAAUGUCUUACUAUUUGUUGAUGGAGGGUGGAUGGUAGAUGUCAGAGAGGAUGCUGAAGAAGACCACGAAAGAGCCCAUCAGAUGGUUUUGCUGAGAAGGCUUUGCCUGCCAAUGAUGUGCUUCCUGCUCCACACAAUUUUACACAGCACAGGCCAGUACCAGGAGUGCCUACAGCUUGCUGAUAUGGUUUCUUCAGAUCGCCACAAGCUUUACGCGGUGUUUUCUAAGGAAGAACUAAGGAAGUUGUUACAGAAGCUGAGAGAAUCAUCAUUAAUGCUUUUAGAUCAGGGACUCGAUCCAUUGGGAUAUGAGAGUCAAUCGUAAUUUUCUAUUUUGUAUAAUUCCUUUAAUUUCCUAAUGGCUCCAUAAUGUAGAUUUCACUAAAUAUGCACAUCUGUGGUUUUUGUUGUGGUUGUUGUUGUUAUUGUUAUUUUUAGGAAAAGAUGUUGUAAAAUUUAACAUUUUUUUUGU